AUGUCCAAGAUCGCCUACAUCACUGCAGCCCUCGCGGCGGCCAGUGGCGCUGCAGAGGCCACACUGCCUUUCGGGUCACCGCUGUUCUGGCUAGCUGCCUCCGUCUCGUUCUACAGCGCGUACUUCGCCGCGGUGUUUGCUCUAUCCCUGUCCGACCAGGACGAAAGACCACCACCUGCAAGACACGAGCAGCUGUCUCUCUUCGACAGGUUCACUUUCCUCGGCGGGCCCUACUGCAUGGGGGCAUUGUACCUUCGCUAUGUCGCGCCAUUCGCUGCUGCCCAACACCCUGCCUUCGGGGCCAUGUUGGGUUGCACAACCAUCGCCAUUUUCUACCUGAUCGCUGCUUUGGCCACCCUCCGGUUCGUCCACGUCGAAUCGAUCAUCAACAUCUAUGGCAGCGCGUUUCUAGGCAUGGGCCUCUUUCAGACCCUCGCCUUCCUCCAACAGCAAUUCGUUCCUUGUGGCUCCACGUUCUUGUCCUACGGCGCCCUCAACCUCCAGUCGUUCCCGCAAAUCGGGUACUUUUUCACUAUCGCCGGGCUUUGUGGACUGCUUGUUGCCGGGACAAUUCAGACCGGACGAGCCUUCGCCAACGGACCCCACGAGUUAGCUGCCAAAUGGUACAUCUACGGCGUUGUGUAUGUGGGAGUUACCAUGGGCAUGCUAUGCUACAAAGACGGCAAGUACGCCGACCUGGGCCAAUUCGACAUCGAUUCGCACCUCCUGGACCCAUCUCUGGGUUCAAACGCAGUGGACGAGGGCCUGAGAACAUUGCUGCGGCAUUCAUGGCACCUGUAA